AAUGCAAAUUUUAUAUCGUGGGGAGGAGAUGUUCCCACGCUGAAAGUGGGCCUGUGCGAGCGAGCAGGUCAGCCACAACGGUUCGCGGACCCUGAGUCUUUGAGCAAACGCCGCGCCCCUCCUCUUCCCAACUCCUUUGAUCCCUCCUUGCCACAGACACAAUCGUGUCACGUACCCUGUAAAGCUCCAACAUCACGGGCUCUUGCCAGUGAGGCUCAUCCAAUACUGGUCCGUGGUUAAGCUCGCUGUCGCCCUUUUCACGCCCAUCUACCGCUCGCCUCUCUCGCCCUCGCUCUGAGCUCCCGCAUGGCUUCUGCCGACGGCCCGCGCCUGUGCUUUCCAGAAUCUUCUCAUCAACGCAGGCAUGCAGCUGCCAAUCGCAGCUACAUGGCCUGCAUGCCUUGCAGAAGAGCUAAGCAUAAGUGCGACGGCACUGCUCCGGCAGCGGUCCGCAUGGCACCAGCCAGUGGGCUCGGUCAGGAGCCAGCCGCCAGCCACCAUCCUUGCUCGCGGUGCGCGUCGCGAUCAUUAUCCUGCCUGUGGGCCCCCAAAGCCAGGCUUGGCAGGCCCAGAAAAGAGUUGAUGGUCAGUACAACGGGCACCACAAGCGCAGGACUAGCAAGAACGACCGCUUCCUGUACCCUACGAAGCGCUGGUCCCUUGGAUGUCUCCGCGAUACCAGAGGGCCUCUUUGGGACAGAAUGCGUCACUCGGGAUGCCUCGAGGAAGAGAAGUCCGCCCAGAAGUAAGGGAGAAGCAUUACUCGCCGCCCAGGCACUGCCCUUCGUGUCGAGGCAGCCGAGAGGGAGAUCAGCCAACGGGCAAAUCUCCGAGGAACUCAACGCAGGCAUCUGUUCGGCCGGGUUCUUGGGACCUCUGCAAGGGAUGUCUCCUACUUUCUCUAUGGGACUGCGUGGCUCAUGGGACAUUCGUGAUGCCAGCGCUGCCGCCGCUCAAGCUGCGCAUUUCGACGAGGCCUUCCUGGCGGCGUCGAUGUCAUUCCACACAGGCGCCAUUUGUGACUGCUCGGUCUGGGAAGGCACAGCUCAAAGAGACGCAUGUUCUUAUGAUGAUCGUGAUCUGCCGCCUUUCAUUGGAAUGCUGUAGCAGGGCAAAUGCCACAGCCGUGAGGCGGACAAUGUACAUUUCCUUUCCACCGUGCCGACGGCGACAUCGCCGAUGGCUGACCAAGACUGUCGGGUCUCUCAGUGUUUAGAAGGCGGGGCGCAGGAAAGGCUCGAGCCAACGCCAUCUGCUUUCUUGUUUGCGGCAGAUGGCUU